UUUGCGGGGCGAAAUUGGGAUUGCGAAACCAUCUGUUGCUAAACACACUAUUUUCUCAACUCACACGAUUACGCGAAACGCGCAAAAUCUAGCUGGUUCCUCUCUCAAAACCCCACGAAAUCUAAUCCCCAAAUUUCCCAUUCUCAAUCCAUUUUCAUCAAUUCAAUCAAGGCCUAAUUCUUCAAUCAAAGAUGCCAAAGAAGAUGGGCGUCAACAGCAAGGCCGAGGCCGCUCGGGCUCGGAAGAGCACUGCUGAGACCGAGCGCAAGGAGCGCGACGCCCGCGAGAAGGAAGACCAGUACUGGCGCGAAGCCGAGGGCUCCAAAUCUCGUGCCGCCAAGAAACGCGAGGAAGAAUCUGAGAAGCGAGCAGAAGCCGCUGCUCGUCGCGCUGAGGCCCGCCUGUUGGCCGAACAGGAAGAUAAGGAGAUCGAUAAAUCCUUGAGGAAACCAGAUAAGAAGGCGAAUCGGGUGGCUAUUCCAGUUCCUAAGGUGACGGAGGCGGAGCUCAGGAGGCGGCGGGAGGAGGAGCAGGCAGAACUGGCUAAGAAAGCGGAUGAGAUGAAACGAAGGCAGAGCAGGACCGCCGUUGAGGAGGAUUAUGAGAGAAUGGUGUUGGUUGCAAAUACGAAUCGCGAUGAUUCCAUUAUUGAGGCAAGGACUGUGGAGGAUGCGAUUGCACAGAUGACAGUCGCGGACGACUUGCCAGCUGAUAGGCAUCCUGAGAGGAGGCUCAAGGCCUCAUUUAAGGCUUUUGAAGAAGCUGAGCUUCCUAAACUCAAGGAAGAGAAACCAGGCCUUACUCAUAAUCAAUACAAGGACAUGAUAUGGAAGUUAUGGAAGAAAUCUCCUGACAAUCCUCUUAAUCAGAUUAAUGAGUGAGUGCUGCUGCAUUUUCAUACCAGAUAGCAGACAAGAAUUCCUGAAGGGUUAUUGCCAGGGAGUGAUCCUUUGGGCAUAUUGUCGAGGAGAUUUGCAAGUUCAUGAGCUUAUGUGGCUUAUAAGUUAUAUGUAGUUGUUUGCCUACUACAUUGGAGUGUCUGCUCAUACUGUAAAAUAUUGAAUUAAUAAUUCUAUACUAUCCUUUGGCCCAACUAUGGCUCUUCUUAUCUUCUUGUGGUUAUUUUGGACUUGAUAUAAGGUAUUUUCUUCUUUUCA